CAACGUAUUAUGAGUUCAACGAUAAUGAUGAGAAGAUACAUUCCCGGGCAUCACUAGCUACUGAUGGUGAUACGACAACAUGUGCUCGUACCAAUGGUGGCGAAGAACCAACAUUCACAUUAUCAUUUGGCAGGGAGUAUUACGUGCAUAGUAUACGAAUUACUGUUGGCGCUCUUCCGUAUAAACAUUUUGGAUGUUUUGGGGACGACUGGGAAAGAGCACUGGAUUGGAACAUUGAUGCAGAAGAUAUUGAUUAUUUGAACGAUGAUUAUUGGAAUCGAGUAUUGGAAGUGAAGAAGUGCUUCACUGCUGUAACGGCCAAUAGUAAAACAAUCAUUGGUGUUUUGAAUGGUGGAAUAUGUUAUACUUCCCGCAGCGGAUAUGGCACAUAUAACAAAUAUGGUACUUCAAAUAAGUGCACAGGCAGUAACAGGAAUGGUGAACAGGUAGUUGGUACUGGAGGACCAUGGGCAAUGGAUGUUUAUGCAAUAACAGGUGAUCCACUACGUUACAGUG